AUUAAUUUUAGAGUCUUCAUUUUAUUUUUUGGUGCUUAAGAAAUGGCAUUAGCAAAUAAUUUUCUUCUUCUUGGCCUUGUUUUUGCUAUUGUUCUUCUCAUUUCCUCUGAAGUCUCAGCUCGUGAGCUUUCUCAGGCUGUUCAACCUCAGGAGAAUGCACAAUUAGACAGUCGAGGAUAUGUAUAUGGACAUGAACAUGAACAUGAAAAACAUCAUGAUCAUCAUCAUCAUCAUGAAGACUACAGUGUCUGUGAAAGAGAUCAUCAUCACCAUGAACACCACCAUGGAAAACACCAUGAACACGUCUGUAAACGCCACCACCAGCACAAAGGAGACCAUGGACAUCAUGGUGGUCAUCCAAACUGAAGAUUAAGAUUAAGUGAAUUAAUUAACAAAAUCUUGCCCUUUUAAAGGGUACUGCUUAGUUAAUUAGCAUGCUUUUGCUGCUUAAAAAAUAUUAAUAAUGAUUGGU